CGGUUCUGUCCAGUGCUGCUAGUCACUUUCUGCUCUGCUGUCGUCUGAUUUCUUGCCCAGUUCCCCAUCCUUCCACGCAGAGGCAAGCUAGAGUCGAAUGGGAAGCUGCUGCGUCUCUAGCAGCCAGCUUUUCUUGCUUUGGAGUUUUUUUCCAGGAGAGACAGGAACCAGAGGCCCUACAGGGGAACAGCCCCCUGACCUUCCAGCUGAGGAAUUCUGAUAAGUAGGCAGGCGCCAGGCCUGGAGACCCACAGACAAGCCCGGGUGAUUCCGAUAGAAAUUAGUUAAGCAAUCUUGUCCCUGGGGCUCACGGCCCAGCUCUGGGUGUGAGCCUCUGAGAGACACUGGGCUCCACAGUCAUGGCCAACAGGACCGACGCCUCUGUUCCAUUCACCAGCUAUGAGUAUUACCUGGACUACAUAGACCUCAUUCCUGUGGACGAGAAGAAGCUGAAAGUCAACAAGCAUUCCAUCGCCAUUGCCUUGUGGUUGAGCCUGGCUACUUUCGUGGUGCUCCUCUUCCUCAUUCUGCUGUACAUGUCCUGGUCAGGCUCCCCACAGAUGAGGCACAGUCCCCAACCCCACCAAAUAUGUCCAUGGACUCAGGGCUUCAGGCUCCCCCUGUGCCUCCGGAGGGCCUCCCUGCAGACAGCAGAGGAGCCAGGAAGAAGAGCUGGCACUGACCAAUGGUCACAGCAGCAGAGUCCUUCUGCCUCACCCCCUGGGUCCCUGGCUCUCCCCUAGGACCAGGUUCAGGAUGGGGGUCCCAGGGUAUCAGCUGACCUCAUGUACAAGCAGUGGCGAGCCUGGAGACAUAACUUCUCAACUGUAGAACUGAUGAUGCCAGAGUGCCUGCUCAAGCAAAUGGGUGAACUCAAACCAACCUGGCCAGCUAUGUCUUUUUAAGGCCAUCUUAAAUAUAGCGAGAAACUGACCAGGACAAAACCAAGUUUACAACGAGAACCAUCACACAUAUUAAUAGUCCGGCUAGGAUGGAGACGCUGCCCUAGACACAGCUGAGUCUGUUGAGCAUGCUUAACCUGCUUGCUGCUUACACUUGCUUUGGGAUGCAUAGGAAAAUAAAACAUGGAUUAGAAUAAGGAAA